UGUUUUUUGUGUCACGAGAGAGCAGCGCCAAAAAGCCACGUUUUGCUAAAGCUCCGCGUGCGUUCGUUCUACUGCAGAAUCGGAGAGACGUUGAAGUUGAGUUGGGAUCUGUGACGGCUCUUCAUGGCAGUCAGAAGGGGACACGUUAGAUACUUAAAAGAGGUCUAUGACAUGUCGAACGGUUACGAAGAUCACAUGGCCGAUGAGCCUAAAGAUUCCAAAACAAAUCUCAUCAUCAACUACUUGCCUCAGAAUAUGAGCCAAGAUGAGCUGCGGAGUCUCUUUAGCAGCAUUGGGGAGGUGGAGUCUGCUAAACUUAUUCGGGACAAAGUAGCAGGCCACAGUUUAGGGUACGGAUUUGUUAACUAUCUUAACCCUAGUGAUGCAGAAAGAGCAAUCAGUACUCUCAAUGGACUGAGACUACAGUCUAAAACUAUCAAGGUGUCAUAUGCCAGGCCAAGCUCUGACACCAUAAAGGAUGCCAAUCUUUACAUCAGUGGGCUGCCUAAAACAAUGACGCAGAAGGACAUCGAAGAAAUGUUUGCGCGUUACGGCAAAAUAAUCAACUCCCGUGUUCUCGUCGAUCAAGCGUCAGGACUCUCUCGUGGUGUGGCUUUCAUUCGAUUUGACAAAAGAGCAGAGGCAGAGGACGCUAUUAAGGACUUGAACGGGCAGAAGCCGUCAGGUGCUGCUGAGCCAAUCACUGUGAAGUUUGCUGCCAGUCCCAACCAAGUGAAAAACUCACAAAUUAUUCCACCGAUUUACCACACACAGCCUCGCCGCUUCGGGGGGCCUGUCCACCACCAAGCCCAGAGAUUCAGGUUCUCUCCAAUGAGUGUGGACCACAUGAGUGGCAUGUCUGGUGUUAACGUGCCUGGAAACUCCUCGUCAGGCUGGUGUAUUUUCGUCUACAACCUGGGCCAGGAUGCAGAUGAGGGCAUUCUGUGGCAGAUGUUCGGGCCCUUCGGUGCUGUCACAAAUGUCAAAGUGAUCCGUGACUUCAACACCAACAAGUGCAAAGGAUUUGGGUUUGUUACCAUGCCAAACUAUGAAGAGGCAGCCAUGGCUAUCGCCAGCCUCAACGGCUACCGCCUCGGGGACAAGAUUUUACAAGUGUCGUUCAAAACGAGCAAGUCGCACAAGUAGAAAGCAGGGUUGCCAGGAAAAUGAAGAGAGAGAUGUUGUCUGAAGCCAGAGAAAUUGGCGCAGUUUUGAAAAAGAAAAACUAUUAUUUUUAGUGUAAUCAAGUCUUUGCAAAUGUUCAUGUUUCUAAGUCUCGUUUAGACAUCUGUUUGACAGUCUCUUUUUGUUUCUUUUUUAAGAUUCAAGCUGUUGGAUGCUUCAAAUACAAGUGUUUUAGGCGUUCCCAAUAUUUGACCAAUUUCGCAUUUGAUACAAAUUUGUGUCUCUGAUGUUAGCCUGAUAUUGUUGCUAUGUGCCAUAUGUGGUCGGACUCCUCAUUCACCAGAAGCUGGAUUUAAAACUCAGAUUUUUGUCUUUCUUUUGUCAGUAUCUACAUCCUACAUAGCUCUUCAGUAUUUAUGAUGCCUUAAUUUGAUGUCAUUUUUCCUCUUUGCCCUCAAUAAUGUAGCACUUUUUGGUUUGGCGGGAAUCUCACGAUCCAUCUCACAACAGUUUGUUUAUUAAAAUCUGAGUUUUAAAUGCAGCAUGCUGAGUGAUCUAUUGAGAAAAAGAGGUAAUGGUAAAGAAAGCAGAGUGUUCCGUGAGGGGAAAAUCUUUAACUGACUUGUUAAUUUUUUGUAAGGGACCCUCUGAAUAGACUGAUAACUAAGAAGGACCAAAGACAUGAAUGGAAGGUUUAGUUUCCCCCAGCAGAGGUGCAGGUUGCACAUCCCUAAGCAUAUUCCAAAAUGAUUUGGACAUCUGAAUACUAGGUACUGAGUAUUUAUGUAAAAAUGUAAUCACCUUUGAGCAUCAGCAUCCUAUGUUUAUGGUUUGCGUUUUCUUUCAUUUUGUUUCUCUAGGCUAAAACAUACUUCAAGUUUAGUUUGGUUAUUUGAAAAUAGGUAUCCAGUACUAAUGCAUAUGCUUUUUAAGACUGCCUUGUGAUAUUUUUGUGUUUUGUUCUUUUCUUUUUUGCUUUUGUGUUCCUUUUGAAAUCUUUUGUUUUGUUUCACAUGGCAUUUACAAUCAUUAAAUUUUAUUUUGUUUUGCUCAACUUUUUGUUUUGUUUCUUUAUUUUAUCUUUUAAUCAGUUCUUUAAUUUAUCCAUUUAUAGGUGCAGUGCAGUAUAAGUCAACACAAGACCAUAUCCAUAUUUACAGAUGCGGUCAACUGAGUUUUUAGUCCAUGAGAAAUACUAGAUAACCACAUUUCAUGAUUUGAGUAUUUUGAGGGCUUUUAGUAUUCAUAUUUCAGGCAUCGGACCAAAUCGUAAAGAUACAACUUGGCUAUCUGACAGCGGUUGACUUUGAUUUGGCCACUGGUUUGCUGUUUAUUUAGCCUUCCUUAGUGGUUCAUAUUCAACUUGUUCCAGAGGUUUUCAGCUGUAGAUCUCACCGAUGAGCAAUGGUGAAGCUAGAAGCAGGACAGCAGGCUCACUCAUAGUCUUAUAGUUGUACAGUCAUGCCCUGCAGCU